UAUUUUUACUCGAUACAUUGUAAGAAAUAAUCAAUCUUGAGUUCAGUUUGUCUGUGAACAGUGAACAAGUAAUAAGUGAAUCGAUAUUUCUUUGGAUUUAUUUAAUAGUUUUACGAGAUAUCGAAUUGUGAUACUGUAUAAGAAGAUCGAAUAAUUCUUUUUUAUAGAUAUUUAUCGAUAAAAAAUCAAUAUGAAUGAAGAUUUACCAUCACCUAAUUUUAUUCCUCCCCCUACUUAUUACGGAUAUGCACCACCACCACCACCACCACCACCACCACCACCACCACCACCACCAUCACUGCCACCACCACUGCCACCACCACUGCCACCACCACUGCCACCACCACUACGACAGAAUGUGGUGAUUGGAGCAGGUUUUGGAUCACAACCACGAUUAAUGAUAUGCCCAUAUUGUGGUAUACAAAUAUUAAGUGAAGUGGAGACCGAAGCAACCGUUACGACACAUGCAAUAGCAUUUUUUCUUUGCAUAAUGGGAUUUUGUUGCUGCGCACCCAUACCUUAUUGUAUAGAUGAUUGUUUAAGAAAGAAACAUUAUUGUCCAUCAUGUAAAAAUUUCUUAGGACAAUCUAACAAUUGAUUAAUCUUACCAAUACUAUAUCUCAUUAGAAAUAUAUCCUAUUUUUUCUACAUUCGUUCCUUUAUUAUCUCUUAUCUACUUUAUGCUUGAGAAUGUAUUCGAUCUUUUUUAUUUAUAAAAAAACCAAUCCAUUUUACAGUCUUAACUAUUA